AUGGGCUUCUUCAGGCGCAGGGAAGUCCGGGCAGCAAGCAACAGCCACCAUCACCACCUCGAGCAGGACGGGCAGGAGUCAGUCUUUUCAAACAGCAGUUCCAGAGCGUCGAGCACGUCUGCCAGACUGCCAGUGUCCGGUCGGUCAAGCAACCCCAGCCCAACAUCGCAUCCGAUACCAGAAGUACCCAUGGCGCCUCCGCCAGACCCCAACCUGGACCCGGCAGCCUAUCUCAAGAGCAUUCAUGCUGUCCGCCAGAGGUCGAGCCUGGUGAUGGCAAAGGCGAAGACGAACCAGCUGAACCACUUUGACGUCGACAUGAGCAAGUUCAGCACAACUGCCCAAUACAUCGUCUCGAUAAUCAAGAGAGACUACGCUCCAGACUUCCAAAGUAUCCCUGAUCACGGACGUUGGCAGCACUUUGACGUGGGCGGGAAGCCCCGUAUCAGCCAGCUGCUUCAGUCAUGGCCAAGCACAAUCGACAAUCUGGAGAGAGCACGCAGGCUCAUCGAUCUCUUCCUUGUAUCUGUGUUACUGGAUGCCGGUGCUGGGAACUCCUGGAGUUACAAGUCCAAGGAAUCUGGAAAAGUGUACAAACGAAGUGAGGGGCUGGCUGUGGCGAGUCUGGAGAUGUUCAAGGCCGGAAUGUUCAGCAGCGACCAUACUGAGCCCUGUCAGGUCGACGGAGCUGGUCUGAGGCGGGUCACGGUGGGAGCUUUGGCCAAGAGAAUGCAACAUUCUGAAGAUAACCCUCUCGCUGGACUUGAGGGAAGAGCGGGUUUGUUGUCAAGGCUAGCAGACGCCCUAAACAACCAAGAGCUCUUCGGUGUGGACGCACGGCCUGGGAACAUGCUCGUAAUAGAUUACCUUCUCUCCCACCCAUCGACCCUCGCGUCGUCUGUACCCAUCAUCCCCGUUCCGGUGCUAUGGAACGCCCUCAUGGACGGGCUCUCUCCUAUAUGGCCACCAUCCCGCACCCAGGUCGACGGAAUAUCUAUCGGUGAUGCAUGGCCCUGUAAAGCUAUGCCUGCUUCUCCCCCCGCAGCGCCAUGGGAGAACAUAGUUCCAUUUCACAAGCUGACGCAGUGGCUAUGCUACUCCAUCAUGGCUCCCAUGACAAAGAUAUUAAACAUUCGGUUCUCAGGGCGUGAACUCCUGACAGGCCUACCGGAAUACCGAAACGGUGGACUCUUGAUUGACAUGGGCCUGCUAACAUUGAAACAGGAGGAUACCGAUCGAGGGUUAGAAGCAUACAAGGCCAACGCCAUGAUCAAGGGUCAGCCGAACGUGGAGGUAGUCCCACUCUUCAGCCCAGACGAUGAUGUCAUCGUGGAAUGGAGAGCUCUCACAGUCGGCUUCUUGGACCAAUUGCUGGUCGAAGUGAACAAUCUCCUUGAACUGAAGGAGGGACAGCAGCUGUCUCUCCCCCAAAUGCUGGAGGCAGGCUCAUGGAAGGUCAGUACCACUUGUCUCUUUCCUCCAUCACCACCUCAGAUCAAACACUAA